AUGGUCGAAAACUUUCUCAAGCGUCUGACUAGGAGUCUGAGUACAUUACGCGAGGAAGAUAGCUCUUCUCCCGAAGACCAGCAGUGCCGAGACGUAAACACCAGCCUUGACAUGGAUCAAGCUAAUUCAAGUACACAGGGUACUAUCCAGGGCAACGGAAACGGUAUUCACACAUCAGCGACCUUCGAUCCAUUUGUGACCACUUCAACUCCUCUGUCUGCCACCGGAGGUGUUGGCUCCGUCUCAGCCAAUCCCUAUACCCAUGAUCCUACUGGUGCGUUGGCAGGAGGUGCCUUCUUUGCCAACGCGGGAGGUUUCCAGCAGCCAGUGCAAUAUCACCUUUACGCGCCCAUCGGCCCUCACACUCAGAACACACUGGCCUAUCAGCGAAAUGUCCAUGACCUCUUCCUUCCCAACGACUUUCGUGAAGAGCUGCAGAAAAAGUCAGCAGCUGCUCUGCAAACCCUCCCCAACACGACACUUCCUGCGCAGGUGGACUACUUCCACUCGCUCGUGCCACUGGAUCUGAGCCACCAGAAAAACGCCGCAACCUUCGGAUAUCCGAGUUGGGUCUACAAAGCCCAGUCCAGCAAGGACGGCAACUUUUACGCGCUGCGAAGACUCGAAGGUAAGUCGAUUUGGCCCGGGGAAGAGCCUCGGUCUUGCACUUGCAGGGGAUCUUUAGGCUCAUUAUUUUUAGGAUUCCGCUUGACCAAUGAAAAAGCAAUCCGAUCUGUCCAGGCAUGGAAGCGCAUUUGCAGUGGCAGUAUAGUCACUGUACACGAUGCUUUCACCAGUCGCAGUUUCCAAGACAGCUCCUUGAUCUUCGUCACCGAUUAUCAUCCUUUGUCCAAGACCUUGGCAGAGCAACACUUGGGCGCCGGGAAUCGCUUCCAAGGUCGGCAGAAUAACACUCAUAUCCCCGAGCAAAUACUGUGGGGUUACAUGACCCAAAUAGCAAACGCGCUCAAGACCCUUCACUCCAACGGCCUUGCAGCCCGCGUAUUGGAAGCCAGCAAGGUCUUGUUGACAGGGAAGAAUCGGAUUAGAUUGAACGGUUGCGCCAUCUUGGACGUGGUCCAAUUUGAUACACAGCGAACUGUGGUUGAUCUUCAAAGACAAGAUCUUGUCAACUUUGGACAGCUGAUGCUCACCUUGGGCGCCAAUUCGCCUACUGUCAUGCACAACCCGACCAAAGCGACGGAACAUUUCACUCGCGCAUACAGCCCCCAGCUGAAGAACUCCGUCUUCUGGUUGUUGAAUGGACUGCAGAAGGAUCAAGAGCGCACUAUUGAUCUGUUUAUCACUGGCAUCUCGUCUCAGUUGAUGUCCACCUUUGACUCGGCCCUCCACUUGGAUGAUCAGCUCACGUCCGAUCUGAGCCGCGAGCUGGAAAAUGGUCGCUUGGUGCGUCUCAUGACCAAACUGAACUUUAUCAAUGAGCGUCCAGAAUACGAACACGACCGACAAUGGGCGGAGACUGGUGAACGAUAUUUCUUGAAGAUUUUCCGCGAUUACGUGUUCCACCAGGUGGACGGCUCUGGAGAUGCCGUCAUUGACCUGGGCCAUGUCCUGUCCUGCCUGAACAAGCUUGAUGCCGGGUCGGACGAGAAGAUUACCUUGAUCAGCCGUGACGAGCAGAGCUGCUUCAUCGUCAGCUACAAGGAAGUGAAGAAGGCCUUGGAGUCCUCCUUCCAGGCUCUGAUGAAGCCAACGAGAAGAGUCCAUUAG